GCCCGCCCCAGGCUCACGUCCCGAUCCUGCCUUGAGUGGCCCAGGGCGGGGGACCUGGAAGUUUUAGCCUCGCGGCUCCUGAGGCGGAUUAAGUAGCCCAAGAAACAUUAUAUUCAUGUACCUGCUUGUUUGAUACAGGGACGGGAAUGGGGGACGUGAGCUUUCACCGAAGGUCGGAUGUAUCGCAGCCCAUAUCCACACUACAAGUGUCCUCAGCUCUCUCCUUGUCCUGAUGAUAUCAGAUAUGGUGAAACUUUUUCUGGAUAUGCCGCAGAAGGAUCCGUGCCAGAAACAAGCCUGUGAAAUACAGAAAUGUUUACAAGCCAACAACUACAUGGAAUCUAAGUGUCAGGCUGUCAUCCAAGAACUGCGGAAGUGUUGUGCUCGAUAUCCUAAGGGAAGAUCUCUCGUCUGUUCGGGAUUUGAAAACGAGGAGGAAGAAAAGCUGACACUGAAGCCUACAGCAAAGUAGAGUUCUGCUGACAAGUGAAAUGCUGCACCAUGUUUCCACCAAGCGAGUUGUAUUUGUCUUCCUGAUUCUUCAGGCCAGGUAGCAGCAAAUACCAAAUGAAAAAGUCAACUAUAAAAGUUAAUGAAUAUGCCAUCUAUGCAGAAUGGAUAGAAAUAUAAAUAUAUUAAAUACGUAGAAUGUAAUAAAACCGAGCUGCUAAAAUAAACCUGUGAAGUGAAAAAGUG